GUUUACUUUCGAGCUGCUGUACCGAGUUGCAAGGUUGCCUGCAACCAGACCUAGACCUGCAAAACUUCUUGUAUGGACUGAACAGCAACAGCCCAACCAGCUGUCUCCCACAUAGUUGAUCUUAGUACAACAGGCUAUUAAUCAACAUGGCGGCGGACAUCGCAAGCAUUGCUCAGUUGCUGGACGCAACUCUCGACUACAAGCAGCAACGCAAAGCCGAGUCCCUCCUCAAACAGGAAGAGAGCAAGCCGCAGUACUCGCUCCAGCUCCUCAAGAUCGUUGCCGGCCCCAACUUCGCAACCACAACCCGCCUGGCCGCCGCCCUCGCCUUCAAGAACUACGUUCGCCUCAACUAUGUGGACGAAGAUGGACACCACAAGUUGCCCGCGGAGGAGGUCGCCACCAUCAAGCAGGAGCUCGUCGGUCUCAUGAUCCUGUCGCCCCCGAACAUCCAGACCCAGCUUGGCGAAGCCAUCAGCGUUAUAGCCGACUCCGACUUCUGGAAGAGGUGGGACACGCUUAUACAGGACCUUGUCAGCCGAAUCUCGCCAGACAACUUCAAGGUGACAAAUGGAGUUUUGGAGGUUGCACAUUCCAUCUUCGUGAGGUGGCGGCCUUUGUUCCAGUCCAACGAACUUUACGAAGAGAUCAACCAUGUCGUCGAGCACUUUGGGGAGGCCUUUGUACGGCUUCUGGCGAUUGCCGACCAAAAGAUUGAGGCCAACACAAACAACGCCGCGGAGCUCAAGGGUUGGUUCGAGACCCUGAGUCUGUUGGUCAAGAUUCUCUACGACCUGACCUGUCACGAUCUCGCUCCCGUCAUCGAGCAAAACCUGGCGUCCAUCUUUUCCCUGCUCGAAAAGUACCUGGCAUACAAGAACCCCUUGUUCGACGGCGAUGAUGACGAGGCCACAGCCCUGGAAAAUGCCAAGGCCGAUAUCUGCGAGGCUCUGACUCUAUUCACGACCAAGUACGACGAGGACUUCAGUGGCUACUGCGAGCGAUUCAUCACAUCAGUCUGGAACCUGUUGUCCAAUCUUGGACCCGAGAAGAGAUAUGAUCUCGUCGUCAGUAGAGCUCUCCAGUUCCUCACUGCUGUGGCAUCAGGGUCCAAGCACGCUCAAGCCUUCAACGAUGAGAACACCCUGGGUCAGAUUGUGGAGAAGGUCAUCCUCCCCAACGUCACGCUCCGCGAGUCGGAUCUUGAGAUGUUCGAGGACGAGCCGAUCGAGUUCAUUCGAAGGGACCUGGAGGGAUCUGACACGGACUCGAGGAGGCGGGCGGCCACAGACUUCUUGAGGAAGCUGUUGGAGAAGUUCGAGGCCCUCGUGACGCAGGUUGUUUUCAGGUACAUCGACCACUACCUAAAACAGGGCCAGACAGACUGGAAAGCCAAGGACACCGCAGUAUACCUGUACCUGGCCAUUGCCGCCAAGGGUGCUGUCACGGCUGCGCAAGGUGUCAAGACAGUCAACAGCCACGUCAACGUCGUUGAAUUCUUCCAGAACCACAUUGCUGCUGAUCUUUUGAACGUGGAUGGAGUUGCAGCAAUCUCCAAGGUUGACGCCAUCAAGUACCUACACAACUUCCGAAGUCAGUUGACAAAGGAUCAGUGGCUGGCUGCGUUCCAGCCCUUGAUCAAGAACCUGGCGUCCGAAGAGUACGUCGUCUACACUUACGCCGCUAUUGCCGUCGAACGUGUCCUUUAUCUCUCAAACGACGCUGGCGAGCACUUGUUCUCUAGGGCGGACAUCGAACCAGUUGCAAAGGAUCUACUUGACCAUCUGUUCAACCUGGUCGAAAAGGACAAGACCCCGCCAAAGAUGCAAGAGAACGAGUACCUCAUGCAAUGCAUCAUGAGGGUUCUGAUCGUGAUCAAUACGGGUGUGCGGCCUAUCAUUGAUGGUGUAUUGGACCACCUCAUCGCCAUCAUCAGCGUGAUCAAGGCCAACCCUAGCAACCCGCGAUUCUACUACUACCUCUUCGAGGCCAUCGGAGCCCUGGUCAGGUUCUCCGACCCGAGUCAAGAGGCGAAGCUGCACGCACGUCUAUGGGAACCUUUCUCCUUCAUUCUAAAUGAGGAUGUGUCAGAAUUUGUUCCCUACGUCUUCCAGAUCUUUGCUGCCCUGCUCGAAGCCGCCCCGACGAGUCCACUGCCUGCGGAUUUCAGCUCACUGCUCGGGCCUAUUCUUGCGCCAACAGUGUGGGAGACUCGAGGCAAUGUGCCUGGGUGCGCGCGUUUCCUAUCGGCCAUGGUCCCCAAGGCGAAACAAGCCAUAGUGGAGUCCCAGCAGCUGGUGCAGAUCCUGGGAGUAUUCCAGCGCCUUUUGGCCAGCAAGAAGACCGAGGGCAAUGCCUUUGACAUCCUGGAGUCGGUUGUUGCCACCUUUGAUGGAGCUACACUGGAUGCAUACUUCCCUGACAUCCUCACUCUCACUUUUACCAAGCUGCAGUCCAACCCCUCAGAUUCAUACAAACAACGGUUUGUCCGUUUCUACCACUUGGUGUCGGCGAACACAGCAGCCGGUAUGGGUACCGACUACUUCAUCAACCAUUCCGAGAAGCUGCAGCCUGGGGUGUUUGCACAGCUUUACCCACCGGUCAUCCUGCCAACCACAAAGCAAUUUGCUCGUCCAGUCGACCGGAAGCUUGGUGUGAUUUCGUACACGAAGACGCUGUGCGACUCGCAAGCAUUCGCACAGAAAUAUAUGAAGGGCUGGGCCAAUACUGCGAACCACCUCCUGGAGCUCUUGCAGAACCCACCCAAGGUGGCCGGUGGCUUCGGAGAUGAGAUCAUCACCGAGGCGGAUGUAGACGACAUUGGAUUCGGAGUGGGAUUCACGCCUCUCAACACGUGCAAGCGCGGCCCGCGCGAUGACUUUCCGGAGAUCGACAACGUCCAGGCCUGGGUCAGUGAGUAUCUCAAGGCAGGCAACGCGCGCCAGGGUGGUGCUGUCCUCAAGUUCGUGCAGGAGCGCAUGCAGCCGGACGCCCAGCAGGCAAUUGCGCCGUACCUGCAGUAGGACAAGCAGGGUUACCAGGUGAAGCAGGUGCUCACAGCCAUGCUGGACACCACGAGCAACCAUUACUACUAUGAAGAUGACAAAAUGGCGUUGGAGGAAAUGUAAUAAAAGACGUGGAACCGCGGACGAGGCGAGCGACUGCGCAGGUAGAUUCCCCGUGGCAGCAUUGGUGAGGGCCACACAGUCAAAACAUUCACAUUCGUCUAGAACUUGAACUGCUCCCCGUGGUGUGCUUCGCCCGAAGUAACGAUACAUAUCCACGGUCUUAGGCUGUGCCGUGCUUCCUUUGGUGUCAGAAACCUGCGGCUUGGAUGAAGAUGAGAUGUGAUCACCGUAUCAGUAAAUGCGUACGAAUCAGUCUGCGUCAUAAGGCACUCGGCCCCCUGGUUGGGAGCUUGGAGUUACUUGUGUGAUAAAUGGGUCGGGUCAGUCGAGCUAUGGUAGGCCGAGAUGCCAGAUAUAGAGCCUGCCCGUCACAAACAGUCCCUUCCGCGCGGGAAUGUUUGUGGCGUUAAAGAAAAGCCCAUCCCUCACAUUAUAGGGAUUCGAGCAUUCAGUAAGGGGUUGUGC